UUCAUCAGCUUUUUGCGUGAACGACUCACUCUUUCUCAUUUGUACGAUUACACAUUUGCUCGUUCAAUUUUCUAUCCUCGUCUCUUUCGAGCAUCAUCUCGCUCGAAUCAUUUCGUCGUCUGUAAGAUGUCUGAUCCGUUGUUUUCAAUCGAAUACGCCACAACAGGCCGCAGUUCGUGCAAGAAAUGCAAGACAAAGGUAGAUAAAGGUGUGCUACGCAUUGCAAGAAUGACUGCGAAUCCGUUCAGCGAAGGAGAGAUGAUGAAGGCGUGGUACCACGCCCCCUGCUUGUUUGACGCUCUAAAGCGCGCUAGAGCGGCGACUCGAAAGGUUGAAGGGACAGACGAUUUGGAGGGAUUUGAUGUGAUAAGUGAAGAUGAUAAGGAGGACGUCAGGAGGAUGAUUGAAGAGCUAUCUUCCACAGUCAAAGCUAAAUCAACUGCAAAACCAAAGAACACAGUCCAAGCCAGUCUAACAGCUCCAAAGGGUUCCAGGCAACUCACAGUAGCAGCUGGCAGUACGGGAGCCUCAUCUUCGAGUCACCCUUCCAAAUCUUUUGGUGCAAGAGACGACGAUGACGACGAGAUGAAGAAACGAGACAACAGUUUUCGUCAGAUGAGAAAACUUUGUGAAGACAUAGAAGCAGAGUCAAGCACCAAAGCGAAAACACAACUAUUGGCCAACUACAUUGCAAAAGGAAAUUCAGGAGAGGGUUUUACGGGUGACUUGUAUCUCUUGAUUAAACUGCUGUUGCCUGGUUCUGUUAAACGAGUGUACAACAUUCAGAGCAAGCAGAUCAUCAAACUGUUUAGUGUGAUAUUUGGCUGUAAUCAGGAUGAUAUGACGGAGGACCUGGAACAGGGAGGUGAGGUGUCUGAUACGGUUUCAAAGUUCUUUGAGCAGAAGUCCUCACUUGUUCCUUCUAAGCGAAGUACUCUUAGUUUGGCAGAGGUUGAUCAACUGCUAGAGUCAUUGUCUGAAGUAACAAAAGAAGAUGAACAAGAAACAGUACUAAAACAGAUUGCUCAACGGUCAACAGCUAUGGAUCUCAAAUAUAUUGUGCGACUCAUCAAAAGAGAUUUGCGAAUGAAUGCGGGAGCAAGGUGUAUACUUGACGCUCUGGAUUCAAACGCUUAUGCAGCAUUUCAGACGUCAAGCAACCUGAGAGACGUAGUCGAUCGUUUGCUGGCGAAACGUCAGUCAUCCGCAUCCAGUGAUACACCAUCACUCACUCGAGGUCUGAGUGUAAAGAUAUCACUCAUGACUCCAGUGAAACCGAUGCUAGCUGAGGCUUGUAAGUCGUUUGGCAUGGCCAUGAAAAAGUGUUCAAGUGGAAUGUAUGCUGAGAUCAAAUAUGAUGGUGAACGAGUGCAGGUUCACAAGAAGGGCAGCGAGUUUGCGUUUUAUAGUCGCAGCCUUAAGCCCGUUCUACAGCACAAGGUUCAGCACGUGAAAGACUUUCUUCCUCAAGCGUGUCCUCACGGCAAGAACAUGAUCUUUGACAGCGAAGUGCUAUUAGUCGAUACAAAAACUGGAAACCCAUUGCCAUUUGGAACACUCGGGAUCCAUAAAAAAUCUGCAUUCAAGGAUGCGUCGGUGUGCUUGUUUGUGUUUGAUUGCUUGUUUUUCAAUGACGAGAGUUUGUUGGACAGACCGAUGCAAGAGAGACGAAAUAUUCUCGAACGAAACUUGACUGAAAUUCCCAAUAGAAUUGUUCUCUCUGAGCAGCAAAUGAUUAAGGAAGAGUCCGACUUGUCAGAUCUAAUGAUGCGUGUAAUCCGAGAUGGUUUAGAAGGACUGGUUCUCAAAGACGUCAAAGGCAUUUAUGAACCAGGCAAGCGACACUGGCUGAAGAUGAAGAAAGAUUAUCUGGCAGGAGGUACAAUGGCAGAUACAGCAGAUUUAGUUGUUUUGGGAGCCUACUUUGGAACAGGCAGCAAAGGUGGCAUGAUGUCUGUGUUUCUGAUGGGUGUCUAUGACAAGUCGUGUCAGAAAUGGAGGACUGUGUGCAAAUGUGGCAACGGGCAUGAUGAUGCAACGUUGAUACGCUUACAAAAAGAACUCAAAAUGGUGAAGAUCGGCAAGGAUUUUUCCAAAGUCCCUAGCUGGCUGCUUGUCAAUCGGUCUUUGACUCCUGACUUGGUUAGUGCUGAUCCGAAGCAAUCUCCAGUGUGGGAGAUCACUGGAGCCGAAUUCUCCAAGUCGACGACUCACACUGCGUCUAACAUUUCGAUACGAUUUCCUCGUGUUACGAGAAUAAGAGACGAUAAGGAUUGGGCUACAGCAACAAAUAUAGACGAACUGAAGGUUCUUGUUAGUCGAUCGAAAGAAAGUGUCUCUUUACCAAGUGUUACUCAGACGGAGAAAAUGGAUGACGAUGUUGAUGACAGUGCUGUGAGUGAAUCGAAAGCAGUGAAUCGGAAACGAUCGGGAGCUUCGUCUAAGUCGUAUGUUUCACCUGCUAAGAAGGUGAAACCUUCUGUUGAGCUACCUGAGAAGGACUUACCGUGUGUGUUUAGUGGUAUGACAUUCUAUGUACCUACAAGUGUAGAUCGCUACUCUGAAUUGAAGAGAUACAUCACAGCAUAUGAUGGAGAUGUCGUUGAAGAGUUUAAUAAAUCGACUGCUACACACAUCGUUUGCACACCAGAUGAAGGCGAUGACGAGUCCUCCACUGGACAAGAGAGCAUAUCAGCCGAGUGGCUGUGGAAAUGCAUCAAGAAGAAGAAGCUUGUCCGUCAGUAGUGGGUCAGUAGUGGGUCAGUAGUGGGUCAGUAGUGGGUCAGAUCAAACGUACGUUUAUAGUCUGUGUGUGCAGUUGUGUAAACGAGAUGAUUCAUUGUGUUUACAACCAGACACU